UUAUUCCGGAAGUUGCUUUUUGAGGUAGUGUGCGGGAUAGCGUGGUCUUUGUGAGCUUCCACCAUGGCGUACCGGGGCCAGGGCCAGAAGGUGCAGAAGGUGAUGGUACAGCCAAUCGUAUCCUGCUCGGGAUGUGAGAAGGAGGAGAAUCUCAUCUUCAGAUACUUGCAAAAUAGAUCUCGGAUUCAGGUGUGGCUUUAUGAGCAAGUGAAUAUGCGGAUAGAGGGCUGUAUCAUUGGUUUUGAUGAGUAUAUGAACCUCGUAUUAGAUGAUGCAGAAGAGAUUCAUUCUAAAACAAAGUCAAGAAAACAACUGGGUCGGAUCAUGCUAAAAGGAGAUAACAUUACUCUGCUCCAAAGUGUCUCCAACUAGAAAUGAUCAAUGAAGUGAGAAAUUGUUGAGAAGGCAAUACAGUUUUUUUAGGUGUGCUUUGUUAGAAGUGUAGUUCUAAAGCAUUUAUUCAUAUUGUUUUGCUCACCUUUAUGUUAUUACCAGAUGACAAUAAAUGCUGUGGGAUUGUUUUUAUUAAAAUUUUUACAUUGUUUUCUUUUAUCCAGGUGUAGAGAGUUUUUACACAAUGGCACCAUUAGCUGUUAGUAUUUAUUUUAAGGUUUUCUGAAGAUGGCACUUGUCCUGGGCAUUUGCUUUUCACAGAACUGGGAUCUGUAGAUUCUUAAGGCAAAGAGUAGGAAUUCUACCUGACAUGUAAUCUUCUGAUACUGGGUGGUGGAGAAGGGGAGUGUUCACAAAAGUAAAGAUCAUGGUGCCAAUAUAUGUCUUCAUCAUCAGUUCUAAUUCUGAAUGCUGGGACACAAGGGUUUCUAACCACAAUAGGUUGGGGACAUUAUAGUAGCUCAGUAUUUACUUAGCACUCUCUUAGAGUUAUUGUGUAAGGCCUUUGUGAAUUCUUUUAUCACUAAGGUCAGAAUGUGAGAAGUAUUUGGAUAUAGGCAAAGAAUGAAAGUUUGUUAAAAAGGAGCUCUGUUAAGAGUUAACUGGAGGGAGACUUUGUGAGAUUGGUAACCUGAAAAAGACCCACAGGCAACACUGGUAAGUUGUUCUUAGGCAGAACAAUAGUAUGUUAGUUGGGGAAACUCCUCUUCUAUUCUUA